GCUCACGGUUUACGUGAGCUACGUGUCUCUAUGGAUACGGGGCCCUGCGUGGAGUUAAUUUGUGUAAAGUGUUUUUAUAUAUAAAUACAAUCAUGUUUUGUUGUAGCGUUGAUUACAUGAAACACGAAUUGCUACGUUGUAAUGUAUACUGGUAUGCGUUUAGCGUUACUCUGCAUGUAAAUACAUUGUCACCACCCCGUUUUUAAUUUGUAGAAAGUAUUAAGAGUGAAGCAAUGGAAGAUACUCUGAACAGGGAGAAGGAGGGGGAGCCUCACUGGGUGGCUCAGCUGUUCCCCCCUCGCUUCACUGCGCUGGACCUGCUAGAGAACAGCCUCGACCCUGGGACGCGACCCCCUCUCCUGCUGUCUGAGAAGCUGGCUGGCCAGAGAACGGAGCGUGUGCAGGAGAUCUAUCGGGGGGCACUGAGAGAGCUGCAGGAGGGGGAGAGACAGAACAGGAGGGACCGCCUAGCGAAGAGAAUGGUUUGGGAACCUCAGAGAGGAACCAAGGUGGAGAUGUCCUCCAAUAUCGCCACCACCACCGCUAGCACUACCUCUCCUGCCUUUCAGAACAGCACGGAGCCUGCCUCAAAAGAGGAGCGCGCCAGAGAAGUGACGGAGCCAAGCAUCUGGAGUGCGCAGGAGCUCUCUAUUCUGCGGCAGGAGAUGCGCCAGGGAGACUCUGAGCGUCGACGGCUGGAAACCCGCCUGGCUGAGGCGCUGGAAGAGAUCGAAAAGCAGCGUGGCGAGCGAGCGUUGCUGGAGCAGGCUCUGGAGUCCAGGGAGAGGGAUCUGGCCAGCGCCCGGCAGCAGAACGAACGCGGGGCCCUUCAUAUACAGACGCUGCAGGGGGAAGCCGGCAGGAGAGAUGCCAGACUGGAGGCCCUAGCGCGAGAGGUGCGGGAGAAGGCAGCUGACUACCGAGGCCUGGCCCAGGAGCUGCAGAAAGCCAGGUCGGAAAUCCAGGAGCUCACUCUGCACAACAGGGAGCUGACCGCAGAGCUGGGGAGCUUGAGACAGGAACAGGAGGCAGAGAGGCUGAGGCAGGAAGAGCUGGCACAGGUGCAGCGCGAGACGGCCGUCAGGAGGCUGCAGAGGGACUUGGAGGCUGCCCAAAGCGAGCUUGCUGUGGAGAAACAGAGGCACGGCCGGAGCCUGAGUGCCUUGGAGUUGCUCAGGAGGCACUUUGCUAGCUUACCUGCCCAGGAGAUACAGGACACCUUCACUGCUAAGUUUGCGCAGAGCUGAUCCGGAAAUAGACAUUUAUUGUAACAACAAACUAGACAAUCAUAAGCAUCAUCACUUUGCACACAUGGUGGAAUCUACACUUUGUCAAGUGACUGAACUUUCUUGCGAGUCUUCAUCACGUUGAUGAUAUUCACAGGACCGAGAAAUCGUAGCCCGCUGUGUAUACACAGGCACACGGUGAAUGUAAUGGGAUCUUGAAAAUAUCCAAUUAGGUAAAACCACGUGCCUGUUUAGUUUGUUCCUCUGAACCUGACACUCUCUUCUGUAAAGGCUGCACAAUGGCAGAGUCUUCACAUGUGAUGUGUUGGGGCUUUCAGAUCAAGGGCUUUCUGAAAUUAUAACAGGUUUUCACGAUGGAUUUUCCAAGCUCUGCUGUC